CGGAGCCCUGGCCUAAGUCCUCGCGAGAGCUGCGGUCUUUGGAGCGGGAUGGCCGCGGAGCCGGGCAGGGUUGGCCCUUGGCUCCCGGAUCCCGCUCUCUGGCCCGAAACAUGGCCCGGGGUCCUGGCCGGCUAACCCGGCCUCGCCCCGUAACAGUCGCCAUGCCUAAGAGGGGGAAGCGACUCAAGUUCCGGGCCCAAGACGCCUGCUCUGGGCGAGUGACCGUGGCGGAUUAUGCCAACUCGGAUCCGGCCGUCGUGAGGUCUGGAAGGGUCAAGAAAGCCGUCGCCAAUGCUGUUCAGCAGGAAGUAAAGUCUCUUUGUGGCUUGGAAGCCUCCCAGGUUCCUGCAGUGGAAGCUCUUUCUGGGUCUGGUGAGCCCUGUGACAUCAUCGACAGCAGUGAUGAGAUUGAUGCCCAGGAGGAAAACAUCCAUGAGAGAACUGUCUCCAGGAAAAAGAAAAGCAAGAGACACAAAGAAGACCUUGACGGGGCUGGAGGAGAAGAGUAUCCCAUGGAUAUUUGGUUAUUGCUGGCCUCCUAUAUCCGUCCUGAGGACAUUGUGAAUUUUUCCCUGAUUUGUAAGAAUGCCUGGACUGUCACUUGCACUGCUGCCUUUUGGACCAGGUUGUACCGAAGGCACUACACGCUGGAUGCUUCUCUGCCUUUGCGCCUGCGACCAGAGUCAAUGGAGAAGCUGCGCUGUCUUCGGGCAUGUGUGAUCCGAUCUCUGUACCAUAUGUAUGAGCCAUUUGCUGCUCGAAUCUCCAAGAAUCCAGCCAUUCCAGAAAGCACUCCUAGCACAUUAAAGAAUUCCAAAUGCUUACUUUUCUGGUGCAGAAAGAUUGUUGGGAACAGACAGGAACCAAUGUGGGAAUUCAACUUCAAGUUCAAAAAACAGUCCCCUAGGUUAAAGAGCAAGUGUAUGGGAGGACUGCAGCCUCCCAUUCAGUACGAAGAUGUUCAUACCAACCCAGACCAGGACUGCUGCCUACUGCAGGUCACCACCCUCAAUUUCAUCUUUAUUCCAAUUGUCAUGGGAAUGAUAUUUACCUUGUUUACUAUCAAUGUGAGCACGGACAUGCGGCAUCAUCGAGUGAGACUGGUGUUCCAAGAUUCUCCUAUCCAUGGUGGUCAGAAACUGCGCAGUGAACAGGGUGUGCAAGUCAUCCUGGACCCAGUGCACAGCGUUCGACUUUUUGACUGGUGGCAUCCUCAGUAUCCGUUCUCCCUGAGAGCAUAGAUACUGUUUCCUGUCACUGAGGGCAGCCCUGAGCUAGGCCAGUCCAUUUGUAAUCAGAUUCCAGUUUGGAAGGGGCAGCUGGAUUGUAUAUCUGGUCAGUAAUGCACAUGCUCUUUAGGUUUCUGAGGCUCCUGCUAGGGAAAGGAGAAGAAUUGAAUCAAGAGGAAAAACAACUAUGAUUUAUAAACAUAUUUUAAUGUAAAAUUUUGCAUUUGAAAGGAGAAACCUGGCCCUGUUUUCUGUGUUAAACCCCAUUUGGUGCUACUGAGUUUGUUGUUCUUUAUUCUUUUAUCCCAGCCAAAGUGGAUAAUCUCGCUUUACAGGAAAAUUAAACUCUUAAAUCUCCAAACAAGGAAAUUUCAGCAUUCCUUUAUGGUCACAGUAACCUCAGAGGAGUAAAAUUCUCGCUACUUUUGCUUCCAAUUUAGCUGCCCCUCAAAUUCAAGAGAAUAUUUCCUGUUCUCCCUUUACCCUUCUCUAGAAAUAAAGCAGGUGACAGGGUUUUCAGAAUCUUAUGAGAUUGACUUGUGUAUCUUUCUUUAAAAAUAUUUGCCGCAUAAAUGUUUUUUUGCCA